AUGAAGAAGGGUAAAGAAGACUCGGGAUGCCUACAGCCGUCCCAAGAAGAAGAGUCUACAGGCAGUCGAGGUUAUAGUACAACUCCGGCGAGCGGUGCGGAGCUCACCAGCUUUCGACCCACGGUUCGACAGCCGUUGGAAGACGAACAUGGGAUGUCCGGGCUCUCCUCGGGCGAGGAGGAUACGACGUUAGCAAGGAGGAAGGUCACGCGUAGGCGGGAGGCGGCAAGACGGAUACCAAAAACCUUAGAUGGCCUACAGGAACGAUUAGCUGGGGGUGGUAAGCUAGACACGGCACGUAAAUCUAGCUACCUGGAUGCAAUGUUCCGGCUCAGGGAGGAGCUCAGUAACAGAACCGAUGUCGUUUUUCAAGAGGAAGAUUAUUACUCGAUUGGAGACCUCCUGUUCCACCGGAUUUUUGGGAACGAUGUGGAAAGCCGACUUUAUUACCUAAUCAGGGAGUAUGAUGCUGCUAGCGCUUAUAGACUCAAUCGCGCAAUAUGUCGGGUUGACAAGCUAGCGGAGAAACUUCAACAUUCGGGCGUAGACGAGUUGGCUUCGUUCGUCCGCAGCUGGGGAGAAGUAACUCACACAGUCAGUAGCGCCGGCACGUCGGAGGGCCGCCUGCACGGCUACUGGAGGCAAUACGACCUGUGGAAGCGGUGGCACGAGCUGAAGGAGUUGGGCCAGGUUACCAGUCCCAAACGACUCCAGCUGGUAGAGUUUCUCAAAACUCAAAACCUCGAAACAAAGCAAAGUAAAACGCUGGAAAGCUGUCUCGCGGAUUUCUUUUCGAGGGAACUAGAGCUUCCAGGCAAUAUCAAAUUCGGUGACACUAUCUACCGAUUUACGGCAAUCGGCAUGCUAGUAGACGCGUUUAGGCGAGGCAUCCUCGCAUUUCUGCCAAAGGGGCUUGACACUUGGUAUAAGAAAUUCAGGAGUGGAGGGAAGCUGGGUCCGAAAAAACUUAAGCUUGAAGUCGCCUGCUAA